UAGGGAACAGAGGGGCUGUAUGGCAUAGUAGACCGUUUGGAUAUCACAGAGGGGGGUCACAUAGUGGAGAAAGAUCCGAUUUUGAAGAGUCUGUGUAUGAUGGAUGGUCGGAUUGUGGAGGAAGGCCGGGGUGUGAGGAGGGGUCGGGGUAUGAGGAGGGGUCGGGGUAUGAGGAGGGGUCAGGGUAUGAUGGGGGGUCAGGGUAUGAAAGAGGGUCAGGUUAUGGUAGAGGGUCCAGCUCCAGAAGAGGGUUCGGAAUGAGAGCUGGGUAUGAAGGAGAUAGAGAAUAUGGUCAUGAAUCAGGAUUGGGUCGUGGAUUAGGGAGUGUUCGAGGGUCAGGAUUUCGUCAAGGGUCCAGGUAUGAGGGAGGGGCAAGAACUGAAGGCUCUGCUGAAACCCCUGGCUACCAGGAAGUGAAUGAGGAAGAGGAACCAAUGAUCACAGAACAUAACAGACAUCAGGAGCAGCAGACUUCGAGGUCAGUGAGGAACCUGAAAGAGGCCGGCAUCACAGACAAGAUGUUGGAAGAGGCCAAUAUGACCUUGCCCAAGGUCAACCCUUCAGAGAGGGAGCUUCGCCCCGAUGAUGUUGGCAAAUGUCAGUUUCCAUCUGAGUUCACUUGCAAGCUGUGUGAUGCCAGAUGCACAUCGGCCGUCACGUUCCAGUCCCACCUGGCGGGAUCAAAACACAAGAACAAUGUUGAAGCUGCUAAAAAAGGAACUAAGAUCAUCCUCAAAAGCAGGAAGAAAACCCGGCCCAGCCUGAUAUCUUUGGAUCGAACAUCCAAGAUCGAGAAACUGUUUGAAUCAGUAACAGACUGUGCUGUACUUGGGCUGGAGUACCUGACAGAGUUCCAGAAGCUGGACCCCAAGGCCGUCACCAUGUGUGUGUGUAACCUGUGUGAGUCUAAGGUUGACGAGAACAUGGUGGUCUCCCACAUCAUCGGCACCAAGCACAAGCUCAAUUACAUGAAAGAGAAGCACCCCAACGCUUUUGAGCACUUCAAGAAGUUCUCUGGGAAGAAGUCUCAGCAGUCAGCAUUUGCAGAGGAGCUGGCCCGGGGGGCUGGAGGUGGAGGACGGGAGAGGGCAGGUCAUCAUGAAGGUCGACCUAGAACAGUAUGACUUCGAGGAUGAAAAAUCUGAACCUUCACAAUAUCCCCCGGAACGUCCAUAUUUGUCUGAAGGUCAUUCAGAUCAAGGUCAAGGUUACAACUCAUCAAGAUCUGGAUAUCGUGACCCAUCAAGACAUGGUAGUCAUCGCCAACAAGAUACAGUCACUGCCAGGAGAUUGGGGGGAGAUGUGGAUGAUGCAGCAAGGAGGACUUUCCCUAGAGGAGCUUCAGGAGAGCACCAUGAAUGG